AUGCCCAAAAUUUCAGAAAACACACGUUAUUCUGGCAGAACGCGACCGUCCAGAAAACGAGCACCCGUUGCUUGCCAGUCAUGCCAUGGCCGUAAAGUCAGGUGCAGUCUCCCACAAACUGGCCAACCCUGCACCAACUGCUCGUUAGAUCACGUUACAUGUGUGCCGCGGCCGAGUAGGAGAUCAAAACCGAAGAACUGCUCGGCAAACACGCUAACGACCUGCCGUGGCAGACGCGGCCUAGAAUCUUUGUCUUACCAUUUGAGCACGGUGUCUUCGCCGUCAAAUGGCAGGCCCGCGGUACAGAGUACUCCUCUUGAGGGCCGCAGCUUCUCACCUCGCCCCGAGCGUCUUGUUGUGUCAGAGGAUUUAUCUGCACGCCGCCGGCAAAGUCCUACGGCUCCGUCGGCUGAUGAAACUGGAUAUGGCACCGAAACACCAUAUCAUCCCUUCAACGAGCAUUUCAGUCAUCACAAUGAAGAUGAAACGGGCACGCUGCAAACGCAGGGCGAUGUGAUAGAUACGUGCUAUUCCCCGUUAUAUGGUAAGAUUCAGACUUCCGGGGACCCCCGAGGCGUCGGCCUGGUAGUCGACAUCUGUGAACCGGAGCCAAGGGAGAAGAGUGGCCACUUCCUCGUCCCACGAAUCAACCAAACUUACAUGGACCAGGAAACGAUCGAUUAUUUGCGCCAUAAGGGCGUCUUCGACUUUCCCACGUCUUCUGUCUGCGAGAUGAUCAUAAGGACAUACUUCUACUAUGUGCAUCCCUUUUUCCCAGUUGUUGAUGCCCGUUCGUUCCUUGAAAAGUUCGAAAAUGCGCGCAACGAAGUAAGCGUGCAUCUCUUGUGGAGCAUGUUUCUAGCUGCUGCAAAUUUCGCCGAUGACAGUACCCUAAAGGCAGCAAACUUUUCGUCUCGAAAAGAGAUGAAGCGUGCAAUGUAUAUUCGGGCUAAGGCUCUUUAUGAUGCGGAAUAUGAAAGAAAGAAGAUUACCCUUAUCCAGGCGGUACUUCUGACAGGCUUCUGGUAUUCGGACACUGAAGACAGGACCGGACCUUGGCAUUGGAACGGUGUUGCCAUCGGUCUGUGCCAGACGAUAGGGCUGCAUCGGCAGCCAGACACCGGUCAAAGACACAGUAAAGCCAUCUCAAUGAAUGACAGCAGAAUCUGGAGGCAGCUGUGGUGGAGCUGCUUUUACCGUGAAACGUGGUUCUCUGCGGGCAUGGGCAGGCCUAUGCGUAUCAACCUAGCCGACUGUAGUACCCCAAUACCAGAUGCCGAGGAUUCUGAUAAUCUGCUCGCGGGCAUUCCAGAGAGUACCCAAAAGAAGUACCUGCCGGAAGACACUGAGGACCUAUCUAAAUUAUGGGCAGAGCUGUUGGCACUCACGGUCUGUUUAGCGAAGAUUCUCUCAUGGCAGAACCGAGCGGAGCGGACACGACCUAGUAGGACGGAAAUACAACACAUGGACGAUAGCAUCCGAGAGUGCUAUUCUCACAAAGACCAUACCAUAGCUCAGAGACAAAGUUAUGUCGUCUCCUUACACAGGUUUCAUCUCGAGCUGUAUCUAGAAUCCGCUAUGCUUAUUUUAUACCGGCCAUUUCUUUUUGAUAAGCCAGAAAUAAACUCGCCUGGUCUUUCAGUGGACGAAUGGACAUCGACUGUGCUGCGGAGGACCAAAGACGCAGCGAUGAACACCAACAAGAUCCUCGGCAGCAUGAUUGCUGCUGAUAUGAUCAGCAACACUCAAGCAAUGGUCUGCAUUGCCCUAGUUCCCACAUUGCAAAUCCAUCUCCUUGACGCCACGUCUGAUAAGCAGUUGCUGCAACGUUUGGGCCGCCACAACCUCGAAUUUUGCAUGCUUAUUAUUGAAGAGCUCAAAUCCGUGUACUUCGGCGCUGAAAUACUUUCAAGAAUGUUCAACAAAGCAAAGAGCCGGAUUUACAAUAAGACGUUUGCUCCCACCACAGCUCCCAGGGAUUAUGUGCCUCAGUCAUCACAGUCAUCGCAUGAUGCCACGAUUGACUCUAUUCCAAACGUGGCAGAUGGUGCAUGCCAGGAUGAUACGGAGAUUUUUGAUGCCUUUUCAACGAUAUUGGGCGCCUUUCCCCCAGUAACGGCUGAUGGAUUCUUCUUCAACGACGAGUACGUUUAUACUUAG